CCACCAGGCAACAAGCCAUGCACCAAACAAGGCGGAGGAAAAAGCGACCCAGCUAUGGGGUUAGAACUGUGGAGCUCUCUAGGGGCAAGAAAGGUUUUGGCUUCACAAUCUCGGGACAAGCACCGUGCAUUCUUAGCUGCAUUGUAUCCGGGAGCCCAGCGGAGCGUGUGGGUUUGCGACCAGGUGACUUCCUUGUUGCGGUGAAUGGACACAAUGUGUCACGGGCGCCCCACGACGAUGUGGUGCGGCGCAUCGGGAGUUCAUCGGGUCCUCUGAAGCUUCAGAUUGCGGAGAAUUAUUACUCGGAUUCCUCUGACGAGGAAGCCACCACACCUGGCCGUACACACCACACAAGACCACGGCAUAGACACGUGCCUCGCUUGGCUGCACGGGAUGCCCAUGGACUUUUUCCUCCAAGUACUAAUCAAGCGGACAGUAACAAGGCACUGCUGGAGCUUAUCCUGGAGCAAAAGGGGCUGCGCACCUCUCUGGUCUUGCGCACAGUUGUGGGCUACUUGGGCACCAUCGAACUUCCACGUGAGGUGGCUGGUUCACGGCUUCAGGCGAUCCGCAGCUGCGUACGUCGCCUGCGGCUUGAGCAGAAAGUGCACACACUGGUUCAGUUGUCGGUGCUGCGGGAUGGUGUGUUGUUGGCUGACCUGCGGGGCGCAGCGUUGGCACGUUUUCCAGCCGAGCGCAUCGCAUUCAGUGCGGCUUACGCUGAUGAUAGCCGCUUUCUUGGCUUGGUCACCAAGGGAGCAGAUGGUGCCCUCUCAUGCCACGUACUGAUGGUGGACUCACGGCUGAGGCUUCCCCCAGGUGUAUUGCGGGCAGCACCUCUGCACACAUCUGCAGAGCCUAUUUUACGUGCUGUAGCUGCUCUCUACCAUCGUGCAGAUGGCCCUAACGCCUCACCCCAGCCCAGCCAGGCGGGCAGCAGCAAUAGCAGCAACAGCGACAGUGGGAUUGGCUUCAGGGAUGAAGGUAAUGCGAGCGACCGUGUGCUUGUGGUGGAUGUGGAAAGCCAGCCACGCUUCCAAAGCUUCAGCUUGGACAGGCAGGGAGCAUUACCUGCAUGCCCAGACACUGAGCGGUUGCGGGCACGAGCCAUGCCAGAUCCUGUGGGAGUCGGUAGUGAGGCUCCCCUCGUCUUGCCAGAUUGGGUGGACAGCAGUCCACUUGGAGGCUCCUUGCUGGACGACACGCUCACAGCUGCCGACCCUUGUCCAGAUGGAGAGAGCGUUGACCUCCAGUCGUCUACUAAGGGAGAAGAUGGUAGUUCUUCGGCUACCCCACGUAGGAAUGAAAGCAGCUGCAGCAGCAACAAAAAUUGGACGCGGUCAUCAUCGCUUCGGAGGCAUCAACGGCGAAGUCAUCAUCGACGAAGCACACACGAGGCGGGCACUGUGUCCGAUGGUGAGGUGACAAGCGAGAAGCUUUCCAUGUCCAGCAGCGUGCAAAGCUUGGAGCAAGCUAGUGAUUCCAGCAGUACGUGCGAUCAGCCGCGGGGGCGUGUGGGCCGCUGGCUUGCUGGUUUUGAUGAACUUCUGCAUGACCCUCUUGGUCUCCUAGUGUUUGCAGAAUUUUUGAAGAAGGAAUUCAGCCAAGAGAACAUCUUCUUCUGGGUGGUGUGUGAACAAUACAGAAAAAUGCUCGACGGGUGUGAGCGCAAGGCGGCUGCUGCGGCCAUCUACCAAAAGCACUUGGGCCCUGGUGCACCUGAACCCGUCAAUGUGGACAGUCGGGCACAGCUUUCCGUGCAGGAAGGUCUCGAAGAGGCAGCACCAGACCUUUUUGUGCCUGCACAGAAGCAAAUCUUCAACCUAAUGAAGUUUGACUGCUACCAGCGCUUUCUCAAGUCUGAACUUUUUAAACAGUGCAUGCUGCGCGAGGUGCAGGGCAAGCCCGUCUUCCCUGAAGCUGAGAAGGAAGCUUGGAAGCUUCACAAAGAGGAUAAGCGUCGUAGGUCCUUCUUGCCAUGGCACAAAAAUCUGAAGUUGGUAGGCAGCAAAUUGGGUGAAAGAGCUGCCUGGGCUCGAAGAUCUUCCAAGAAGAAAAAAGCGCCAAAGGAGAGUACAGCUUCAGACCUCACCAGCAGCCAUUCCUCACUAGCUAGCAGUGAAGCCAGCCUGGGGCUGCUCUGCUCUGCAUCCCGUGAGUCACUGACUGGGGCUCCAGAUUCCAACUGCAUCCUCAGCAGAGUUGUACUGCCAGAUGGCUCCUCUACUGUAGUUCGAGUCCAUCGGGGUGAGACUGUGGGUGCCAUGCUUAUGCUGUUGCUGCAGAAGCGCUCACUGACUUACUCUGUUGUGGACAUCUUCGUGGCUGGUUCUGACAAGCCUAUAAGUCCAAAUGUUGAUGUUACAAUGGUUGGGUGCAAGGAAAUUCAUGUUGAACCAAGGGCAGUGUUCUGUGUGAUUCUACCUAACAGCAAGAUGCUUGGUGUGAAAGCAGUUCCUCGCCGCUCGUGUGGAGAAGUGCUGCGUCCCAUAUUAGCAAAGUAUAGUGUCCAAUUGGAACACGUCACUCUGCGCAUGUUUCCUGUGCAAGGUGUGACAUUAAAGCCAUUGUCAUCCAGUGCCCUCGUCACUGAUGUUGAUGGUCAACACAUCGUGGUGCAAUUCAAGGAGAAUGGUUCUGAGAACCGUAGUACACCUGCUGUGCGGCUUCUGCCUCAUGGAGAGAGUGUGGUUCCCCGGUUUCUGGAUGCUAUUCAUGAUGGGAAAGUCCAGUUCGAUGAUCUUGGUGUCACUGACCUAGAUAUCCUAUUUCCUCCUGUGGUGGAGCUACGCCAGUGUGGGAAGAGCCAUGGCAUGUACCUGCCUCCCUCUGCACUACGGACAACCAUCGAGAAGAGCCCUCUUGUAGAACGCUUGCGGCAGAGGGAGACAAGCCCCAGGGAAAGAGACGAUGCACGUGACUUAUGGGUGUGCCGUGAGCUGGUCCGAAACCUGGAUUCAGCAGCACCAUCUCCCCCACCGCCUUUGCCUCCCAAGGCAAAGCAGCGAGGACCCCCACCACGACCACCUUCUCGACCUCAAGGAGGCUACCUGUCAGAUGACGAGGAGCCAGGUCUAACAGCCAAGCCUCUGGAGCAUGGAGACUUUGUACACAUCCCUACCAAGACUUCCUUAACCAAUCAUGACUGCAACAUCAGUUUUGUCUGAGGUUGUAGAUUUCUGUGCUGGGUUCUUCAGCUUGUGGUAAUGGUGCUGAUGAUAAACUGGUGAAAUUGUGCAUACUUUUACAAACACAAGGUGUACCAAGACUGCUAACAAAUAGGAGGAAUAUACUUAGUGUAUAUCCUCUUGUAUUUCAUGUACCAUCUUAAAGUGAGUGUGCUGUUUGCUUGAGCUCGGACCUGCAUAGUGGUGCCUUGCUGGCAUUUGGCCUCAGUGGUAAAGCAUGGUUGAGGGAGCAUAUGCCACAUUAUUUUUGUGAACCAUAUUCUAAACUGUUACGUGAACAUUCAUGCAUAUACCAUGCUAGCAUGUUGGACUAGCUUAUAUGAAACUUUAGCUGCAAUGUUUAUAUAAAACUUCAGCUGCAGUGCAGCAUAAUUAUUUCAUACAGAGUAAAAUUCAUGGUAAUCUUCCCUGCGGUGGCUGUAACUGGUGUUACAAAUUUUAUUUUGCUAAGUGCCUGUACAUCCGAGUUGCAGGCUAGUUGGUCAGCUACGCAAGGUAUUUUGUGCAGAGCACUAACUCACUUAGACCACUCUAUGUGCUGUAGUAUUUACUCUGUUCUAACAUGCAGGAGGCAACAGGCACCUGCACCACCAUUGUAGUAGCAGCAGCAGCAGCUCUGCCACCCCCUCUCCCUAACUUUUUUUCUGUGCAACAUGGUCAUAACAAUGAAAUUUUCAUGGCACCUGAUUGUUGUAAGUAGGUUUGGCUCGUUGUGUUGAUUUUUGCUUGAAGUGUCGAGUUGGGCUUAUUGGUACAUAAUCCUGGCACACUGCAGCUCAAAAAAAAAAAAAACGCACAUCGGACGACUCACGAACGACGACGACGAGCGCUGAAAUGCGACAACCUUUAUUGGAAAAAUUGCACAUAUAUUUAUGCUGUCCGACGCAGACGUCAUCCACUACACAUGUGUAGGUACGCCAUCUCUUUAUCAGUUAGUUGUAGGGACGGCACACUUACACAACUCUCCCGCAGAUACUCUCCCCGUCUGCGUCGGACAGCAUAAAUAUAUGUGCGGUCUUUCCAAUAAAGGCUGUUGCAAGUUCAGCGCCCGUUGUCGCCGUUCGUGUGCCAUCCGGUGUGUGUUUUUUGUGCUGCAGUGUGCCAGAGUUGAUUUCUGCAUUGCUUACACGAAUAUUAUGAAUUUUGGCAAUGAAUGUUGCAUAUUACAAUCAAGGAUGUACUUUUUUUUUUCCCCGGCGUGAGAGUUGCUGCUGCGUUGCAAUGGCAUUCAUGUUAGAAUUGAGUCAAUAUGGCAUCUGUUAUCCAUUUGACCUCUAUUUCCAAUAAAAGAGCCCACCCUGUGGACUUGCCAAGUUUAAUUACGUGUAACUAAUGUGUGCAGUUUUGUUUUAAUAAGAAUAGUUUACUUUGUGAGGACCUGCCAAAAGAGAUUGUGUCAAUCUGGUCUCUCAUAUAGUUUGUGCAUAUUAAUGUAGCUGUCUCUUGGGUGAUGGAAGAGGUGGCUGUUAGGACUGCCAAGUGUAUGUAACAUAUUUGGUCACUCAUUGCCCCAGGUGUUCAAGCACCACUUUUUUGGUGUUAUUAUUAUUAUUUUGCAUCUCAAUUGUAACAAAGCACAGUGUUCAUGUUCAGUGUAAAUGGUACCUAUUUGUGCUAGCAUGUGAUUAACAUUACCUUGGGUGAGCUGUUGGUACAGUCGCGCAGUGUGCUGUGCUGCACAACUGUAUCAUAAAGACUGCAUUGUAAGUGAUUGUGUAUACUGCUUUCUUCAUUUCUUGAGAGCAAUGUUUUUAAGUCAUAGUCAAAUAAUUCUUUUCUUUUUUUUUGCUGUUUGUGUCACGCUUUGCAUAUGUUGAAGCCAGUAAAACGGCGCUCUAGUUUCGUUAUUUUGCUUCUCUAGCUGGGAGUCUCAUUCCGAUUCGUUCUUUCUGCCCCUAUUUUGAGGAAAAUGUUUCUACAUCAGGUCUGAAGUAGAAGCGCCCUCUUUUAAAAAAGUAUAUUCUUCCAGCCAAAUGUGAUUUUGUGUAAUAUUCGUACAUACUUAGUGCUUAAUAAAUAAUCUAAUGCUGUGUAGCGAUGUACACAGCUGUAUCCUUUGUAGUACUUGUAGGAGCAAGUACGUGUUGCCUUAACGUCUGUUGUACUAGGCACAUUUUGUCCAUUGUAGUGGGAGUAAUGCAGUGAGAAAGAGAAUAAAAAUACAUAUUUAGUGAACAGUGAACUGGAUAAGGCAGUGCAAGAGAUGGCUAUUGUGUUUUGAGGUAUUAAAAAGUUUUGUUAAAAAGCAUUCAUGCACCCAGGCAAAAUGGUAACAAAGGCCAAUAUGUGUCUGUACAUACCUUAGUCAUUUUUCUUUUAUCUGGGUGCUAAUUUCACUGUUGAAUAAUACUUGACAAUCAUCUGCAGAUACUCAGUUAGUGCCAAUAUGGUUACUGGUGUCCACAGAGGGAUUGCUGAAAAGUUCUGUAUACAUUGUGCAUAUAUUAACACAACACCAUCAGGUGAUCCUACUCUGCCAAUUUCGGUGCCUUGUAAGGUUCAAAGCAACAUUUGGUGCCAACACAGGAUGCCAGCAAAUCCAAAGUGCAUUUGUUGACGGUGUUUCUAUUUUUCUAUGUAUAUAUACAGUCUUGUAUGUACGAGGGAAAUAUUUAAAUUGCAAUUAAAGAGGAUUCUUUUA